AGGACCACUGCUUUUCCUGCCGCCUACUUGAACUACCUCCAGAUUGCUUCCCUACCCUUUUGAAACGGUUAUCAUGUCACCAGUGACCCGUUCUAAACGCAACCAUCCAGCUAAAGAUGAACGAAUCGAGCCACCGAGGAAGCGAUCCAAACCAAUCGCUAAAGGUUCAUCCAAAGACGACAGCACCGAUAGUUCUAAUGCCGACAAACAUGAGUUGCCUCGCCGUCGAAAUGUACGCGGUCGACGAGGAAGCCUACAGGAACUCCCCAAUAUGCCCUUAGACAUCAUUGACGAGGUUUUAUCUCACAUGCUCCCCGGGGACUUGCUAAACCUUGCCAGAACCAGCAAGCCCUUUCGCAACCUCCUCAUGAGUCGGGAGUCUGCACCCUACUGGAGGGCCGCCCGCCGAAACGUGCAGGGUUUGCCUGAAUGUCCUGACUUCCUCAGUGAGCCAGAAUAUGCCAACCUAUGUUAUCAGCCGUUUUGCCAUGAAUGUCUAGCUGGAAACGUUCACAGCGUUUUAUGGGUUUUCAGGGCACGCUAUUGUAGAAGAUGCCAAAAGACACCCAUACUAGUGAACCAAUCUCAUAUUUACGUUGACCUGGGAAACUGGCGAAGACUUGCUAUACCUAGUCUCGAAUUAACCUUUCUGGAACGGUCAAAAGAUUACGUGGUGAGAUACCUGCGCUCGGAUGUAGAGGCCGCGAAAGCCGAGUUUCUGAAGGUUGCGGUGGAAGAACGCGAUGAAUGGAUCAAUCAAUCACGUUCGUCCCUAGAAAAAGUUCAGAAGUGGGCGGACGCCUGCAGCCAAUGGUAUGACAGCCGUCAACAGGCUCGCGCGCACGAGAUAACUAAUUUAAAGCAAGAACGGCUAACUACGGUUGUUGCCAAUUUGCGAGAACUUGGAUGGAGUGACGAACUCGAUCAUAUGGCAUCGGAGCAACCGCACCCGUUACUAACCUUACACCAAAUAAAACAGUUGAGGCCGCUUACCGACCGUGCCUGGCUCAAUAUGAAAGAUGCUGUGAUCGUCUUCAUGAAAGAAAAGAAGCAAGAACGCCUUGCUCUCGCUCAAUACAAUCUAUUCAAGUCACGCAUUUUUGCAUUUCAGGAAGCCAGGCGCGAAAUUCGACAGGACUUUGGUCGAGGAUUUCCUUCUGUUCGGGACAUGGCAUCUUUUCCGGAGGUUCGAGCUAUAAUUGAAUCAUCUGCUGGAGAGAUUGUCACCGCCGCUAGCUUCGAUGCUCUCCGCGAUCAAUUCCCCGAAUUGGUCUCACGGUGGCAACAAAAUAUCGGCCAACGUGUACGAAGAUCUAUUAAAUCAAAGGCAGGCUUCAAGGUUCCGGAUGACUUUGACCCUUUUAGUAUGGCUGUUACUGCUGUUUUUAUUUGCAGAGCCUGCGAAUGCAGAGAGUCUACUGUUCCGAAUGCUCUCGUUCACUCUUGUUGCAACGAUCUUGUGAAGGAUGGAGAACUUGACUGGAGAAAGAAUUGCAGUUACGAGACUCGCGUGUCUGCAGUUCUGGGCGAAGCCUCCUGGUCCAUGAAACGACUAGAUUGGAUCACACCUGUGAAGGUGGCCGCCCACAUUAUCCGCGCCUGUGGGAAGGAUCCUGGAACGGCCACCAUUGAUGAGAUGGACCGCACGGAUGUUAGACUAUAUUGCCCCGGGUGCAGCAGCAAAGACUCUAGACUAAUACUGUCUUGGAGGGCCGCGCUCGAACACGUGUUUGCAGGUCACGAGGUUGCCUUUAAGCACGGUUAUAAAGUGGAUCUACCUGAAAGGGCUCCACCUGAGGAAGCUGCUCAGGUGGCUCAUCUUGAAAUGACCGCCAGGGAGCAGCAGUUUCAAUGGGCAAUUCGUUCCUGUGCUCGCUGCCCGGGAAAGAGCUGGUGCGGAAGCAAAGGACAGAUAGAGGGACAUCUGCGUCAACGACAUGGCGUAGAAGACCCAAGCGAUGCCGACAUGCGAUACGGGAGUUCCACACAUCCAACAUACGGGUUCUACAUCGUCUCUAAGACUGCCAAGCCUGAACCUUUGGCCUACGCCUAUCAGCGAGUAGAGGCUCAGCUCAGAUGCGGCCGCGCUGUCGUAGGAAAACUUAGCAAUUACCGUUGACCUUCAUUGAACCGCUUUCAAAUACCCGGCGGUACCUGCUUGUCUGGCCCCGUUUCAACGUUAUGAUCUACUCUCAAAGCAGUAUGCGUUUGCUGGAAGUCCUUCCUGGAUCUUGAGCUUGCUUAUUGGCCCUCUGAUGCCUUCCCUUCGUCUCUACGCGCCUUCCUUGCACCUAACUUAAGAAUCCUUGUAUCUUAUAGACAGCCGUUCAGAAAUUUCUU